GCAAGUUGGACGUGAAGUUGCAGUCUGCCUAUGUUUAUCCGGAUUUCAUGAGUUUAGUGCAGCAAGUUAGAGCUGUAGAUCUCCUGCAGAUGACAACAAAGCGCAGAGCCGAGAGCUCGUUGCUUCACGAUGCUUCUCCUGAGCAGCAGCAGCAGCAGCAGAAGAAGAGAUGUCGCUCUGUGUGUGAUGCGGACACGGAGGCUGUGCACGCGGUGCACACCGUCGCCACCGUCGCGCCCGCGCUGUUCAGCACGUUAACCGGGGAGCGGCGCAGAAAGAGACCGAGGUGCUGCGAGGAUCAAGAAGAACAUCAGCACCGCGACACGCCGGCAGCACCGCGGCACGGAGACGGUACCGCGACACACGCUGUGGACACCGGGGAUGCGCGCGCUUCUGGAAACUUCCAAAGCGCGAGCGGUGCGUGCGAGAUGGCAUCCAAAGGAAGCGCGAGCAGGUCAACACUGGAAACGCGACCAAAGGUAACACGGUUUGACGACAAUGGGGAUGAGCUUUCUGCGUUUAACUCCUUCCAGUUCUGGAGAACUCCUCUGCCUGCAUUAGAUCUGUCACUCCUGGACAGCCCGUCCACAUUAGUGCUCGAUGAGGACAGUUCUGUCAGAGACACCACAGAGGAAAUGGAGACGUGACGCGUCACUCCACGAUGCGUUAUAAACUCUGUGCUGCAACAUCAGCUUGGAAGUAUUAAGUAUUGAAGAAAGCCAGAGCGUCUGAAAUUGCCCUGUUAAGGAAAAAAAGAAUGGUGGGAAUACCAGUACCACAUGACGGUUAUGCUUUCAGGCCCCUUUAUGUUGUACUGUUUUUUUUUUUUGUUUUUUUUUUUCUUCAUCGUCUUUUUAGACAUUUUAUAUUUCUAACCUGUUACUAAGACUUUAAAAUACUUAAGUUCAUGGUCAGUAAUUAGAGUCAGUGUUCGAGUGCAAAACUGAUUACCUACUAUUUGUCGAAGUGACAAUGUUCUAAUGUAUUUAGUUUUCUCAUUUUGUUCACAAUGCAUUUGAAUUCAUGUUAACUCUGUAAUUCAGCGUUUAUUAGCUGGAGAGCUGCACUUGGGCAUCCAUACAAUAAAAACCUGUAAUUCAUUUAGCAGUUGUCCUUGUCAGGGUCAUGGUGGGUCCAGCGCCGAGGUGAUGUGAAGUAUGUUAAUAAAAUCUGCUUUACAAUAUCUG